GACUCUCACCCCCGCAGCUAUAAAACACACAACCCUUUCCUCGUCUGGUCCACCACACCUACCUUCAUCCUCCCUUCUCUCUACACUUUCUCGAUCUUUCCGUCUAAAACCAUGUCUGCCUUCACCAGCAAAUUCGCCGAUGAGUUGAUCGCUAACGCCGCCUACAUCGGCACACCCGGAAAGGGUAUUCUCGCCGCCGAUGAGUCCACCGGAACCAUCGGAAAGCGUCUUGCAAGCAUCAACGUCGAGAACGUUGAGACCAACAGACGUGCUCUCCGUGAGCUUCUCUUCACCGCCCCUGGUGCACUCCCUUGCCUCAGCGGUGUCAUCCUCUUCGAGGAAACUCUUUACCAAAAGAGCUCCGAUGGCAAGCUUUUCGUUGACAUCUUGAAGGAAGGAGGAGUACUCCCAGGUAUCAAAGUCGACAAGGGUACCGUCGAGCUAGCCGGAACCAACGGCGAGACCACCACUCAGGGUCUUGACGGCCUCGGUGAGCGUUGCAAGAAGUACUACGAAGCUGGUGCACGUUUCGCCAAGUGGCGUGCGGUUCUCAAGAUCGGCGAGAACGAGCCAUCAGAGCUUUCCAUCCACGAGAACGCUUACGGGUUGGCUAGAUACGCUGUUAUCUGCCAGGAGAACGGUCUUGUACCCAUCGUCGAGCCUGAGAUUCUAGUCGACGGUUCCCAUGACAUCCACAAGUGUGCUGCUGUGACCGAGCGUGUCCUCGCGGCAUGCUACAAGGCUCUUAGCGACCACCAUGUUUUACUCGAGGGAACUCUCUUGAAGCCUAACAUGGUUACCCCAGGAUCCGACAGUGCUAAGGUUGCACCGGAGGUGAUCGCUGAGCACACCGUGCGCGCCCUUCAGAGAACGGUCCCAGCGGCUGUUCCAGCUAUCGUGUUCUUGUCUGGAGGACAGAGCGAGGAGGAGGCGACCAAGAACCUGAACGCGAUGAACCAGUUGAAGACCAAGAAGCCGUGGUCGUUGUCUUUCUCGUUCGGACGUGCGUUGCAACAGAGCACUUUGAAGACAUGGGCAGGUAAAGAGGAGAAUGUUAAGGCUGCUCAAGAGGCCUUGUAUGUGAGGUGCAAGGCUAACUCUGAAGCCACUCUUGGAACUUACAAAGGUGAUGCUAAGCUUGGUGAUGGAGCCGCAGAGAGCCUUCACGUCAAGGACUACAAGUACUGAGAAUCGUCUUUCAUGGUUUCUGGGUUGUGACGUAAUCAUCACCUUCAAUAUAUUUCUAAGGGUUUUUACUUUGACAUUUCGGCUUUUUUUCUACAGUUUUUCCUUUGGAUUUGUGUUUUUAUUUUUGUUGGGUUGUUAUAUUUAGAACUGAGAGUUUGAAAAAACGCCCAAAUAAGAAAGCCAUUUGAGGUUAUUUCUGUUGAACUUCUUCUCACACACUUGUUUUUAUUAUGUAAGAACAGCUUUUGUUGUUCUACUUAUUAGAGACUAAUCUAUUGUCUCUGGUUCUGAUUUCUGAA